AUCUAGCAAGCAGUUUAACUAAAUCCAUCCGGCGGGAAGACUGUUUCACUUGACAACUUUUAUCCGAAGAAUAUAUUGUGCUGUUUAGUUUUCGUUUUCAGUGUCAAAUAUGAAAAUGUGUUCAAUCUUUUUAUUCUUUUUAGUGAAAUUAGUUCUCUCGUAAUAUGUUGUGUUUGUUUAAGUUCAAAAAACAUACAUUAUUGUCAGUGAUAUUCGCCACCUGUGAUAUUAAACAUAAAUGAAUAUAAUAGUUAUUCAAUAUUUAUAACAACUUUCACAUUAUCUUAUCGUAUUAACGGAUAUCUUCAAAUUGUGGAAUAUAUGUGAACGUCUUUACCAAAUAAAGGUGUCUUUUGUUAAAACAUCUAUGAAAUUCACGCCGUUUUUGCAGUGAAGGUCUGGGCUUUACGCCGCAUCCAUAUAAACAGGUGGAGAGUUGGGAAUAAUACGUCAGCAGGACAAGGAAGAAGCAAAAGCGGCAACGAAGCUGGCGGGGAACGUGAAGGCAGAGUUCAAGUGCAAGAGGGAGAGUUGGUGGGGGGAAAGUGGUAAUAACGAAAGAGAAAUAGAAAGAGGUACAGCCGGGGCGAGCGGAGAACUGGCGGCUCGCCUUCAGGGCUACGCCAUGGCAGGGUUUCUCAAGACAACUGUUACUGGCGUGCCAACAGGAACUGCCCAGUAUCAUCUCCACGGUCAUCCAGCUAUGGGGAUGGGCACACAUCCGCAUCCACAUACUCAUGCUCAUCCUGGAGGUCCUCAUCCGGGAUUGCCAUCCCCCUUCAGUCUUGCCACUCACGGCCAUCCACAUGGCCAUCCUCUCGAUCACAGUCUCUCGGCAUUUCCCCAAGGAAUGAAUCAACGUAAACAACGUCGAGAACGAACGACGUUUACAAGAGCCCAGUUAGAUGUUUUAGAAGCUUUAUUUGGAAAGACGAGGUAUCCUGAUAUCUUUAUGAGGGAAGAAGUUGCUCUGAAAAUCAAUUUACCGGAAUCAAGAGUUCAGGUUUGGUUUAAAAAUAGAAGAGCAAAAUGUAGACAGCAACAACAACAGCAACAACAACAGCAAACUGUUGCACCGAGAAGACCGGCUUCACGGUCAUCUUCUUCGUCAAGCACUAAAAUUCCUCCUGCAACAACGAGAAGAACGCCACCAGUUUCACCACCUCGAGGGAAGGAAGCUCCAGGAUCGAAUUCCCCUCUGUUGUCAGUAAAUUCAUCAUAUCCUAGACUGGGUUCUACACCAACUGGUAGCAGUAAUGCAAGCAGUGCUCUAACGACACCUUCACCACCAUUAACGCCUGGUUCUAGCCAAUUGACACCAUCAUCAUAUCCACCUUCUGUAAAUCAAAUUCAUCAUAGUGAUUACGGUUUCGCUUGGAGUUCCGCUUCCCCAGGUGCUGUUAAUCCCAGUCAGUGUUAUGCAAGUCAACCAUAUAAUAGUUAUCAAAAUCCUUAUACGCCAGGAGACUAUUAUCAGUCUCAAAUAUCGCAUAUGCAUCAUAGCCCACAAAGUAACUAUCAUCAUCCGCAAUAUCACCAUAAUGUUACCUUAACGUCUUCAAUGUCUCAUCUAACAGGACACCAUUUAAAUUCAUCUUCGAAUGAUAUUACUUCGUGUCCAGCAGAAUCAUCAGAUUACAUUCUUCCAGAUCAAAAGUAUCAGGUGGUUUAGCAGUUCUCAAGGUCGCCUAGAACCUUUAACUGCAAAAAAGAUACUGACUUUUUUUAUCAUUCUUGGCGAAUGAAUUUCAGAGAACCAGAUUUUUCGAAACUAAGUGCUCUCGAUAAUAGUGAACCGGAUGAUAAUUUGGAUUCUGAUGAUGAUGAUGAUUGAUGUUAAAGUGAACACAAAUUCAAAUUAUGUGUGGUUUUUACAAAUUGUGAGUGAUGACAAACCAAUUACUAUCUUGAAAGAAAAUUGUAAAAUUAAAUAACAAACAAAUCAUAACUAUAAUGUACAAUGAACUUGAACGUCAAUAAUUUUCGUUAUUCCUUGAAAGUUGUCUUCUUUAAUUGUAAUAAUUUUACUUGUAAGAUUUCAAAUUGUAUAAACAAUAUAUAAAUCAUUCCAGACCCGUAAUGAAUUACACUGUGCGACAAAGAAAGUGUUUCUUUUUUUAUAUUAUUCAUUUUCUUGGAGAAACGAAUUAUAUUAGUUAACUUUAUAUCAGUCAGUUUUUGUUCCUCUUUAAAUAAUUUAAAAACCUAUACUUUCAUUUUAAGCAUUUACUUAUGAAGAUAUAUAGAUAUCCAUUUUACUUUUUUGAAUAAUAGGUUCUAAAAUAAUGUACAUAUUAUCUUCUUUUAAUAUAUAUCUCAGUUUAAAAUUAUACUUUGUAAAGUAGAUCAUUUUUUAGUUCUAUUCUCAUAAAAUCCUUUUUUUAUUUUAUUUACUAUUAACGAGGAGAUUGAAACAACUAUUUUGUUAUGCUUACAAUUAAAUUGUAUUUAUACAUAAGCAAAUAUUUGAUUGAACAAUUAAAAAAUAUCACUUAGAUUAAAAAAUGAGUAUAAAGUACUAAUUCAACAAAACACAAUAACAACAUUCUUUUAAGAAAGUCUGUAUCAAAAGCUUUGUCGCAUAGUGUUAUGUGCAAUGCAUUAUUAUGCAUUUUCGAUAAUCUAAAUUAGUUAUUACUACUGCCAUAAUUACGUUCUAGUAUUAUUAUUGUUAUUAAAGUAUUUCUCAGUCAUAUCAAUGUCGGCCAGUAGCCGAAAGACUUGUAAAUAAAAAUAGUCUAAGUUUUUAAAAACGUGAGAAAUUGCAAAGUUUUUAAAUGUAGAAAAAUCAUUUAUGACGUUAGGUUAUUUACUUAUCAAUAGAUGUUCUUGUUUUCACACUUGAUUUAAAUUAUAUUUAAAAAAUCAGUUUCGUCAAAAUUAAUAAUUAAAUUUCAAGUGUGCAUAUCUUUAAUUCUGAUUUAGUAAAAAUGGAGCUGAUAAUUUAAUAUUGUAAAAAAUGUCAACUGAUUAUUGUGAGUGAUAUGUCACUAAUGGAGUUGUUCAUUUCUUUUUUUCUAGUCUUUUGUAAAAAAUAUAACUAAAAUUAGUUGACAUUUCCAAUAAAACAAAUGAAGAGCUCAAUUUUUACGAAUGCAGAUUUAAAGAUGUAGAAAAGAACAGGGAAUAAUUUUUUAAAUGAUUCUGUAUGUUGUUUAAAAAAUGUAAGGCGAUUACGAACCUUCUUACUAGAAAAAAUGUGGUAACUGUAUGUAAAAUAAAUUAUAUCGUUAAACUAAACAUGCUAAACUAAUCGUUUUUAAGAAAUAUGAAACUAAAAAUCUACAAAUGAUUUUUGUUCCUUGCAUGUUAUAGAGUAGCGUGAGUUGAAAAAGCCACGUUUUUACAUUUUACCCUAUAAAAUCGGAAUUCAAAUUUUUUUUUAAUUUCCAAUUGGUACUGAAAGUUUAGUUAUUAAGCUUCAAAAUCCAUGUAGAACAAUUUUUUGUAUUCCAUGAAAGGAGUCAAUUAUAAGAGCUUUACGAAAGCACUUGCAAGUGGCUUUUUGCCACUUUGCGAUUUUUCCAAAAUAUUUUGUUACACAUUUUUUUUAAUAUUUUUCUUUUAUUUACAUGGCAAAUAAAUAAUUUUAAAAAGUU